GCUUUUGAAAUGUGAAAACGUAAAAUAAUUUAUUUUAUGAUUAUUUUAUGAGGCUAUGGUCUUGUAUUUUAUAAUAAUCAGUAUUAACUGAAUUUCUAAGAAAGAUAUAGUGUAUUUAAUUAAAAAUGGCCAAAGAAGGCGACAUGUCAUUGUUCCAAGAUGUAUUGGAGCCGUUUAGACGUGUUAUAAACACUGACCCCCCAAAGGAUAAGAUGUCGGCGUCUGCUAAGCUAAAUUUUUCUGAUAGUAAUCAACCAAUAAAAGAAGGUGGUGCACAUUUUUUGUUUCCUGGAAAACGAAAAUCCAGCUUGAUUGAAUCAGGAACCCCUGAGAAGCGUGUCCGUGCUGAUUCGAGCCCAAGUGUGCCUACUUCACCAUGGGAAGCCAAAAGGAUGAAGAUCGAUUUAAUCGCUGCAAAGGCUCAGAUAAUAAAACUAGAAGCCCGUGUGAAUCACCAGCAUACGAUUCGUAAGGAAAUGCAGAUACUAUUUGAAGAGGAGAAGGCAUCUCUAGUGGAGCAACACAAGAGGGAUGAGAGAGCCCUCUCAGACAUGGAAGAAAGGCUACAAAUGAUUAGAAGAAGGGAGCAAGACGUGAAAGAUGAAUAUGCAGCGACUAUUAAAGAGCACAAUGAGUAUAAACUUAAAUGGGAAAAGGAUCGAAAUGAGCUGCAAAAGCAGAUACUUGAGUUAAAAGAUAAACUAUUGGAGGUAAACGUCAGUAGCAAGGACCAAUUGUCCGAAAUGAAAAAGGAUAUGGAUGAGUUAUUGCAGGCACUGGAAGGCGCCCAACAAGAAGUAGAAAUGCUUAAAAAAGAACUAGCAAGGCAGACAGCCAAAGCUGAACAAUGCAUCAGUCUGCACACUCAAGUAGAGAAGCAGAAAAUUGAAUUGGAGUCCGUUACCAACAAACUGAAAGAGCUAGAGUAUGAAAGGGAUUCCUAUAUGGAUUGGCAGCAACAAGCCAAGACUGCCCAAAAACGCCUCAGCAAUAUGGCGGAACUAGAAAAAGAGGUGGUUAAAUUGCGGGCCUCAGAGCGCUCCCUGCGCGACGCCGUCUGCAACAAGUUAGUGCUGGAGGAGCAAGUGCACCUGCUCACGGUGAAGGUCGAGGCGCUGCAACCUGUGCAGCAGGAGCUACACGAGGCCAAAAUAAAGUUAGCAUGCCUUGAAUCGUCGCUGGAAGAAUGGAAGAGCGCAGCGCAGGCGCACGGCGUGGAAUCUGCGCGCGCAUUAUCCUCAGCUCUGGACACUGCUUUCAACAGCCAGCUGAACGCAGUUGCGGACUGCUCGCAAGCGCAGUCGCAACUCGCUCAACUCACUGAGGAAGUGGCAACAAUGAAGUACGAGCGGGAUAAGGCGACGGCUAAACUGAACGAUCUGCAAAUUGUGCGCAAGAACCAAGAAAGUCUUAUACAUCGGCUACAAAAACGACUACUGCUGGUAACUAGGGAGCGAGAUAGUUACAGGCAACAAUUAGAUAGUUACGAAAAGGAAUUGACCGUAACUCUGAGCGGAGCGACGGGAGCGGGCAGUACGGCGCUACUCUCCGCGCGAGUUGAACAGUUGGAGAAAGCGUUGCAAGGCUACAGGGACGUGCUGGCGAACCAGGACCACGUGGCACAAGCUAAAGCUAUUGAAAGCGCCCGAGCCGAGGCGAGCAAAUUUCGUGAAGAGGCCGAGGCAGCCAAGCGUGAAGUGGCCAAACUGCGCGUUCAAAGAGACCAAUUACAAGCGCAUUUAGAAAAGCUCGCCGCGCCCACUAAGGUCCUACAUUUAGCAGACAACCCAGCCGCCGCAGCGCAAAAGCAAAUGGAGCUUGACCUAGACUCUGCUCAAGAAGAAAUCAAAAAGCUAAAAGCUGCUUUACGGGAAGGCGGUAAUGCAGGGUGUCCCGAAGAAUUGCAGCAAUUACGAACCAAGCUAGAAAAUAGUAGGAUCAAAUUGCAGAGGAUGAAGGAAGAAUUCACAUCUUCAGCUCAAGAGUACAGGGAUGUAUGCUACAUGCUUCUAGGUUACAAAAUAGAUAGGAUUGGUCAUAAAAACUAUAGGAUAUCAAAUAUGUACGCCGAAUCAUCAGACGAAUACCUUACAUUCACACUAUGCGACGACGGCAUAGAAAUGGUUCACACGGACUACUCAGCAUCUCUAGGAGAAUUAGUGGAGUUGCACUUGCACCAUCAUCAUUCCAUACCUGUGUUUCUAAGCGCAUUGACGAUGGAGCUGUUCACUAGAACCACUAUGCAACAAGAGGCCCAAGAGUGAUAAUUUGCUUGAUUGCCUAAUAUACAGAUUGGCAAUAGAACUCUUAUGUUUUUACGAUACAGACUGCGAUUUUCGGAUAUAUAGUUGUGUCUAGAAAUUGCCGCAGAACUAGACCGUGUUAAAGUGUGUUUCGUCGAAUAUUUUAUGUGCUUGGAAAAUGGACGGAGUACUCAGUGUUUGUAAAAGAAUAGUGAGAUGAAAUGAGUGAAUAAAUUAAUAAUCGUACCUAC